AUGUCGUCGAUGUCUUCGUCGAUGUCUUCGUCGAGGUCUUCGACGUCGUCAGACGCUCGUCGUGAGGACUUGGAGGAGAUUGUUCAGAAGGUAGAACCCCGGGCCUUGUUGUCUCUCCUACGAUGGCAGCCAUUCCUUGCAGCGGUAGUCCUGCCGAACAGCAUUUCAAAGAGAACCCGUGAAGGCUUAACGAUCCUACAUUUGCUUCUGGAGCCUGACGAGGGGGACCCGUUGGAAGCCGGGUCCCAUCGCAGCCUGUUCAGGGCACUCCUCGCGCGGAGUGACCAUGUCAACCUGUGGAUCCGGAGAGCGAAAAAAUGCAAAGACAAUCUCUUAUCUCAUGCGAUAUCACGGAGGAAUGAAGCGGCAAUCAUGGCAUUGCUACAAGACCAGCGCGUCUACGUGAACACUAAAUGCCCUUGUCUCCAAGGCUUAUGUCCGUUGAAAUAUGCCGUCCAAGAAAAGCAACUAGGACUUGCUCGCGCGCUGCUCGUUCGGAGAGACAUUAGUUUGUUAAUCAACACAUGCGCUGAGGCACAGCCGCUGUGUGCGGCCAUGAACAGCGACGAGGUUUGGAGACGACUGCUGUCCUAUGACGCAACGAAGUUGGCGGAUUACGACGCACCACUCACGCAACUUGCCAAUGAGCACUCGGAAGUCGUCGAGUUUUUGCUAUCGCCGCCUCGCGACGGGAUGGACCUCGGACGAAUCAGCACCAAUCGGACGCUAUUGUCGUUUGCUGCCCAGUAUGGGCAUGUGAAGAUCUUCGACCUGCUCGCAUCGCGGUCUGAUUUCGAUGCAGACGUCAAAGACGACCAAGGUCUAACACCACUAUCAUACGCUGCUGAGCAGGGACACGUCGAAGUCGUCGAACGUUUGCUAUCCAAGGCUGGGGUUGAUGUAAACUCUCUAGACAAGGCAGCUCGAACGCCACUGUCGUACGCUGCCGAGCGUGGACAUGGCAAAGUCGUCGAACGUUUGCUAUCGGCGCCUGGAGUCAUUGCAGACUUGGGACAGGACAACACAAAGACGACGCCGUUGAUGCAUGCUGUUGACAAAGGGCAUACACAAGUCGUCCAGCACCUUUUGCGGUCUGGAGCUUCUGUAAGCACCAGGGACAUAUGGCAUCGAUCGCCAUUGUCAUUUGCUGCUGACCGGGGGGGAAUUGACGUCGUUGAGCUUUUGCUACGCCAUCCCGGCGUUGAGAUAAGCUCUGACGAUGUAUUCAGGGCUGCUCGGAGGUGGCAAGGAAAACUCUUCACGCGCCUGCUUUCUGCGCAGCGAGGCAACGGCAGUGGCGAAGAUCAGGGGCUCGAUUCGCCAAAAGGGGAUGUCACCACGGAGAACUAUUCACAAAUCUUGGGAUUCCUGCUUUCGUGGGACCCCGAUGACAAAGAAGGUAGCAUCGAAGGCCGGCUAGCAUCUGCUGCCUCGCGUGGAGAUGUAGAAUUCUUGGAGUGCAUACUAUCGCAACCUGGCGUCGAGGAAUACGUUGCACGUUACAGGAAUGCGGCCUUGACACGGGCGGUCGAUGCUGGGCAUGAAGAAGCUGUAGAGUUUCUUCUAUCCCGGGCUAAUGCUAUGGCAACUCAUAGAGAUUCUUGGGGCCGUUCGCCACUUUCCCAUGCCGUUUCGGCUGGGAAUGCAAAACUGGUAAAGCAGCUAGCAGAUCCUGAUCUUUACGCCGGCGACCAACACGACUACUUUUCAAAGCCACUGAUCCAGGCUGCUGAGAUGGGUCGCCGCGAUCUAGUUGAGCUGCUACUAGCAGGCUCCCCAGCCGAGGCAAAGCAAAAGGCGCUACUCGCGGCUAUUGAGGAUGGCUCUGCAUCGGUGGUAGAGCUACUUCUCUCGCAGCCUGAUGUCGUCGCAGACCCCGCUGAUGCUCAUUCGAAAUCUGAUGUCGACUCAGACUCCCGCGAUGCUGAAUCGAAAUUUGAUGUCAGCUCAGACUCCGAGAGUUCUGAUUCGCAAUCUAAUGACGACACAGACUCCGAGAGUUCUGAUUCGCAAUCUAAUGACGACACAGACUCCAAUGGUUCUAAUUCGCGAUCUAAUGUCGACACAGACUCCGAUGGUUCUGAUUCGCACAUCCCAACGCCGCUACUUCUGGCCGUUGGGAGAGAUGACGAGGAAAUAGUCAAGCUGCUACUGCCACGCUGCUCAGGAAACUCAAAAUACGAGGCACUAGUUUGUGCCAUCAAGCAGCGUGCUCGAGUAGCAGACCUGCUAAUCGAGGAUCGUGACUUAGACUCGAAAACGUUACUAUUGUCUGCUGCCCACGACUGCCCCCAGCUCUUCGAAAGGCUCUUACGAGAGAAGCGUGUGGAUGUCAACGUCCGAGACCCAUUCGGACAUACGGUGCUGUUUGAGGCCGUCCGAAAGCACCACCGAGAUAUGGUAAAGUUUCUGCUAUCACAGCCCGGCAUUGACAUACUCGGCAAGGACGAAUUUGGCCGUCAACCGCUGUGGUAUGCUCGCAAACCACGCAUUAUCCAAGAGCUGCUAAGGCACGGCCCGGUAGAACAGAUGGAAGCAACCGCUGCAGACAUGCUGCUGAACGAGGACGUGUACCUGGCACACGAUGCCAUAAAGCUAUUGCAUGAUGUUUGCCGAGCCGGCCCGAUCUGGCAGGAUCCGCAAUUUCGAAAAAAUGUUCUGUUAACAGCCGUCAGACAAACGGAAACCCCCUACGUCAAUAUGCUACUAACCCAGCCGGAUUUCGACAUGAAGAUGCGCGAAGCAGAUUCUCCCGGGGACACCGCGCCGAUGUAG